UUCAUUUGCGGGAAGAUCCAGAAGCUUUUCUUCUGUUCCUUGCUCAAUCCAUUAAUGGCGAAUCUCAUUUCCAAAAAAUCUUCCAGUUUUCACCACAUUUGUCGCUCUCUUCUUCACCUGCACGCUCUGUCCCGACGCCCGUCGCCGUCGCCGUUUUUGCCACUCCACGAGGCGCUUCAAUACCGAGGGCCUCUCGCUCUUCUUCAGUCGGUGUUAUUACCUCGAGGGCUUGGAACGCAAUCUUUGGUUGUAUAUCAGAGAUGUCUAUUUUCAACAACCAGUGAUGCUAAAGUGAAUCCAGCUAAUGAAGAAUCAAAAACAGCGGGAGAAGCUAAUUCUGGUAAAGAAGAAAAGUCUGGUGAAUCUCAUCAGAGCAGUAAUACUGGGAAAUCCGUCCGAGGAGGGCCAGUUUCGUGGUUAAGUUUCCUUUUGCUGAUAGCAACUGGAGCAGGAAUUGUCUUGUACUACGACAAGGAAAAGAAAAACCAUAUAGAAGAAAUAUAUAGCGCUUCUAAGGAAAUAAUACAUGGACCAUCUGUGGGAAAAGCUGCCAUUGGAGGGCCGUUUAAUCUUAUUAACCAUGAAGGGAAGCGUGUAACUGAGAAGGAUUUCUUGGGAAAGUGGAAUUUGAUAUACUUUGGUUUCACUCACUGCCCGGAUAUCUGCCCCGAUGAGCUGCAAAAGUUAGCUGCUGCAGUUGAUAAAAUAAAACAAAAAGUGGGGAUUGAAAUUGUACCUGUGUUCAUCUCUGUUGAUCCUGAGCGAGACACUGUUGAGCAAGUUGGUGAAUAUGUCAAAGAGUUCCAUCCAAAGUUAGUUGGGUUAACUGGCGACUCAGAUGAGAUACGGAAUGUUGCUCGUGCAUAUCGAGUGUAUUAUAUGAAGACGGCAGAGGAAGACUCCGAUUACCUUGUCGACCAUUCUAUUGUGAUGUACUUGAUGGGUCCUGACAUGCAGUUCGUAAAAUUUUUUGGCAAGAAUAAUGAUGUCGAUUCAUUGACGGACGGUAUAAUCAAAGAGAUAAAGACCUACAAGAAGUAGAAAGAUAUCUUGUUCUUUUUUUAGAAGUACUUUCCGAAUGAUUUAUUCCUCAUUUAUGGAGGCCAUGCCGCUUGUUAAAUGGUAUUUUUCUUCAAAAUGAUUUCUUAUUCAAGUUCAUAAACGUGAGAGGUACAUGCAGUUUUAAGAUACUGCUGAGAGCAUUGCGAAACAUUUGUUUUGUUACUAAGUAGUUUUUUUUUUUUUUU